GCCGGGUCAUCGGACCAACACAUGAGCCAGUCUGAGUCUGAUUGCUAACUCCGAGGGAAGCCGGGCCUUUAUAGCAACAGCGCCAAGGGUCUAUGACCAUCAAAUCUUCCUUCCUGAAAUCCUUCAGCUCAAUCAAGAUCUGGUUGGGUUAGCUUUUGUUAUGUCUAAACCAUCAAGCCCUCUGACGGUCAAUGUCAUCGGAUCCGGUGUACUGGGUCUCACCUGUGCUCUCGAGCUCGCCAAACAGCCUGGCUCGCCUUACCUUGUCAAUGUGGUGACCGCCGAAAACGCGCUGGCCGGAUGGAUUGAAGACCCGUCGAAGAAGCCUCUGGUGGAGCCUGAUUUUGCUUCUCCUUGGGCGGCUGCAUUCUGGCAUCCCUUCAUCCCUCAUCCCGAGACCGAGCUACAGAAAAGGGUAGCCCGAUGGGAGACCACGUCGUUCAAGCAUCUUUGGGAGAUCGCCGAGCAAGAUCCUUCAGUCGUCAUGAAAGCCAACUUCAAACAGUAUUACAGUCAUCGGUUGUCUGAAUUGCCAUGGUAUUUGGACAUAUGUCCAGAGGUUCGGAGAAUGAACGAUGAAGAAAUAGCAAAGGCUCCAGAAGGAAAAAUAGACGGAGUGGUCUGCAAAUCAGUUUCACUGAACCCACUCCGAUACCUAGGAUACCUCCGAAAGCAACUGGCCGAACGCGGUGUGCAAAUAAUUCACCAUCGUCUCAAGACCAUCUCGGAGGCGUUUUUGGGCGAUCCGGAGUGCGGCCUCCCGGCGGCCAAAGUAGUGGUCAAUGCCUCCGGUCUUGGCGCGGGCAAUUUCGGGGACGUCUCGGACGAAUUGGUGGAGCCGAUUCGCGGCCAGACGAUUCUCAUCCGCCCCCCUCGACCGCUCCAGCUGAUCACACGGCUGGCCGAUGGAGAAUGCAUCUAUAUCGGCUCCCGUCCACCCACCAUUCCCGGCGACGGCGAGGAGGUCAUCCUGGGCGGCUGCUAUCAGCCGGGCAACUCCUCAUUGUCGAUCGACCCGGAAAUCACCCAUAGGAUCUUGUCCGAGACGCUCAAGCUCUGUCCUGAUAUCAGCCGCGACGGCACAACCGAGGGCAUCGAGAUUUUGGACCAUAUCGUGGCUCUGAGACCCAGUCAUAAGAAUGGCCCUAGACUCGAAAGUGUGGAUUUCAUCAUUUCUAAAGGGGGAGACUCUCGUGAGGAUUCGAUGGGGACUUUGGUCCAUUGUUAUGGGAUCGGAGGAGCAGGAUUCCAGGCAAGCUAUGGGAUGGCGGAAGAUGUGAGAAGCCUGAUAGAACUAAGCAUCUCUGGAUCUGCAGGUUGCGUGUAGGAUUCGAGUCGAACAAACUUUCUUCUCUUGAUUACCUUCUCAAAUCUAUCUCAGGCGUCAACUAUGUACCUUCAUAUUUAUAAAUUCAUUGCUGGUUACUACCAUCAACAGGUUCAAAAUGUCAAAAGAUGAUGCAAAGUGGAGUAAAAAAAUACUAUGGUAUACAAACAAAGCGUUGGAGUAGUCCUAUCAUCAUCCACAGUCCACAGAACAAAAGUCUGACAUUUUACAUUUUUUGUAUUACUCGAAUUAAAUUUAAAUGUAUCUUCUUAACCUAUUUAUAAACCAGUUUCUGGAAGCUGUUAUAAAGCAACUGUCUGAUUCAGCAUGUGAUGAUCUGAACUGUACCUAAAUCUUACUCAUAACUCAUGUGAAAAAUAAAAUCUGGUUCAGAUUCAGAUUCAGUGGGAA